AUUGUACUCAACAUUUUCACGAACUUGUUUAUUUUUCUAAAACAGACCAACACGCUCUAGAUCAAUAUGAAGCCUAAUGGAGGUGGUGAUGACUUCGAAGAACCAGAACAUAUGCGCAAACUGUUUAUCGGUGGAUUAGACUACCGAACAACCGAUACGUCUUUGAAGGAAUUUUACGAGCAAUGGGGCGAAAUUGUAGACGUGGUGGUCAUGAAGGACCCACAAACAAAACGAUCAAGAGGCUUCGGCUUCAUUACUUACUCUCAAGCUUCAAUGGUUGACGAAGCUCAGAGCAAUCGACCACAUAAGAUUGAUGGCAGGAUUGUGGAACCUAAACGGGCAGUACCCAGGGAAGAAAUCAAGAGGCCUGAUGCAAGUGCUACAGUUAAAAAGCUGUUUGUUGGGGGCCUGAAGCAAGAUAUUGAAGAGGAGGACUUAAAGGAAUACUUUAGCCCUUAUGGAAAUAUUGUGUCUGUUAGUUUAGUUACUGAAAAAGACACUGGCAAGAAGAGAGGCUUCGGUUUCAUUGAGUUUGAUGACUAUGAUCCCGUUGAUAGGAUAUGUUUGCAACAGAGCCACAACGUUAAAGGGCGUCACCUAGAUGUGAAGAAGGCUUUGUCGAAGUCCGAGAUGGCUGGCGGCCCCCAGGGCGGCGGCGGCGGCGCGCGGCGCGGAGGACGCGGCGGCGGCGGCGGCGGCGGUGGCGGCGGCGGUGCGUGGAACCGCGGCAACGACAACCAGGAUUGGGGGAAUCAGGGAGGGUACGGACAAGGAGGAGGAUGGGGUAACCAGAAUCCGUGGGAGUCCAGCAACCAAGGCGGUUGGGGCACCCAGGGCUAUGGAGACCAGGGUGGUUGGGGUCAGGGCCAGAGCUUUGGCGCUGGUUACCAGCAGAACUACUCAGGAGGGCCUAUGAGGGCCAAUUAUAAUACUUCUCGCCCUCAGCCUUACAAUCAAGGCGGCGGUGCCGGGUACGCCACGGGGGCGGGGGCGGGGGCGGGCGCGGGCGCGGGGGGCUACAGCAGCGCGGGCGCCGCGCCCGACGGCAACCAGCGCCGCUUCUAGUCCUCUUGUAUCAAGUUGCGCUUACUUGAAGCUAGGCAGGCAGAAUGUUAGACGGGAGGUAGGCCAGGCGUCAGCUAGCUAGUGAGGGACAAGCGGACUUUACCAAGUGACUACAAUUACAUAGUCAUUUUACAUUUUUUUCUUCAACUAAGGUUGGUUCACAAUAAGGUACUGUGUAGGCAAUAGAUUCAUUUUUCCUAUUUUUAAGAUUGUAAUAGUGGUUUAGCACUCACUGCUUUUAUUCUUUUAAUACUAGAAUUGCAACAUACUGAUUCACUAAAAUAGCUGUUUCCUAACACGAGACAUUUUGCUUAUUUGCUUAGAAUCUUCGUCGUAUCAAAUAUUGACGUCAUCGACAGUAUUAAAAUGCAAAUAAUGAGUUAAAUAAUUACAGGUACACUCAGCGUCAAAUACUCUGUAACAGUCAAAGUGGCCAAAUAGUUUCGUACACCAUACUAAAUAUAUGGUUAUGCCAUGCCAUAUGGUUAUGGUUAUGGUUGUGUUAUACUAAAUAUAUGGUGUACCGAACUAUUUGACUACUUUGGUUGCUACAAAGUAUUUGACGCUGAGUGUACAAUAUACAGGGGCACAAAAAAUACUGAUUGUCUCGUUUGGUCCUUGGUUUCAAAGUUUAGUGUGUCUGGAAAUUGAUAUUAAAUGGAUGUUGUAGUUUGCGUUUCCAGUCUUGAGAGAGUGAAAGUCAAAUCACAGUUUUUACAUUUUAACGUGUCACAAUGUCUGUAAUGCACGGAUUUUAGACAGGUAUCUAUCGCACCAGCCGUCCGCAUCAGACGUUAAACGCAAGCAGCGAUUAAGUCUCUUUCAAUUUAUGUAAAAGCUGUGGCUUAAUGCAUUGUUACGUUUCUAGUUCGUAAGUGAGAAAAAAAAACAAUUUGAAUUUGACUUUAUUAGUGUUUAAUAUAAAGUCGUGGGUUAUAUUUUAGUUUAAAUUUUGACGUUCAGAAUGCUAGGGGCUAGUUUUAAAUUGACAUUCCAAAGGAUUCUAAACAGUUGCUUGGGUGUAAUUCGUUACACGUUAUAUUGAAAAUUCAUUCAUUCACUAAGUAAUCUGUACGUAAAGUUGUCAAUUUGUAAUGAAAUUAUUGGAUUGUUGCAUGGAAUUGUUAUUACAUAAAUUUAAAUAUUUAAAAUUACAAGACUGUUCACAAAUUUGGAUAAGGUAGUCAAAACAGAGACAUUUUCUGGCCAAGUAAAUGUUUUCGCGCGUUUAACCCCAAUUUAUAGUUAAGGAUAAAAUGUAUAUUUGUUUUCGUUUGUUUUUUCUCAAUUUUACCUACAAUGUUAAUGUAGAUUCCUCUUACAUAUGUCUGUGUGCAAUAUAUUAAAUAAAAACUGUUUUCCAUGGACUCUUCUACAUGCGGACGAGCGUUCCUCGUGGAAAAGGCCAUGGUAAGUUGACUUUUCCCAAAUAAAUAUAUUUCAACAAUUUAA